ACGAAACAAAACAGCUGCACCAACUCGACCCGUUCCGUCUUUAACUCCAACCCUCCCUCCCUCUCUCUCUCGCUCGCUCGUCUCCUCCCCCAACUCGACUCACGCCGCGCACGAGCCGGAACCAAGGGCGCGCGCGGAGCCAGAGCUCGCCUUCACCGAUCGGCGGCGGGAGCAGGGAGAUGAGGGCGUCGCGAAGGCCGAUGGGGGCGGUGCUGGCGUGGGUGCGGCGGCAGCCGCCCAAGGUCAAGGCCUUCCUCGCCGUCGUCGCCGGCAUGGCCGCGCUCGUCUUCAUCCGCUUCAUCGUCCACGACCACGACAACCUCUUCGUCGCCUCCGAGGCCGCGCACGCGCUCGGGAUCGCCGUGCUCAUCUACAAGCUCACCAAGGAGAAGACCUGCGCUGGACUGUCACUCAAGUCUCAGGAUCUGACAGCAUUAUUUCUGGCUGUUAGGUUGUACUGCAGCUUUGUUAUGGAGUAUGACAUCCAUACAAUUCUGGAUACAGCUACACUAGCGGCUACUCUUUUUGUUAUUUACAUGAUUCGGUUCAAACUGAGGUCAACGUAUAUGCUGGACAAAGACAACUUUGCAUUGUACUAUGUGGUGUUGCCUUGUGCCGCUCUAGCGCUACUUGUUCAUCCUUCAACAUCGCACAACAUAGUGAACAGAAUCUGCUGGGCCUUCUGUGUUUAUUUGGAAGCUGUUUCAGUGCUGCCCCAGUUGCACUUGAUGCAAAAUACCAAGAUUGUUGAGCCGUUCACAGCUCAUUAUGUGUUUGCACUGGGUGUUGCAAGGUUUCUUAACUGUGCACACUGGGUCCUUCAGGUUUUGGAUACUCGCGGCCGUUUGCUGACUGCUCUGGGCUAUGGUCUGUGGCCUUCGAUGGUGCUUCUCUCCGAAAUAGUUCAGACAUUCAUCCUUGCAGAUUUCUGCUACUACUAUGUGAAGAGUGUUUUUGGUGGGCAACUGGUGCUGCGACUUCCAUCCGGGGUGGUGUAAAAAUUGCAGCAGGAUACAAAGCAUAAUGUUGGUUUCUUUUCUGCUCGUCAUACAAUGCAACAGUCAUUAUGCUUCCAGUGCCCAGCCUUUUGCAUUCUCAAGUGGAUAGCAGAGCCUUGUUCGCUCUUUUUCUUUUUUUUUCCCCAGUCGUAAACUGUUUAUGUUGAAAACUGUACCAAAUACCGUGAAACGUAGUUUGUCCAUCUGACGAUGUACCCAGGCUAGAUUUGAAGGGCGUAGCUUCUACAGGUUGAGGUGUCCCAUUUCCAGAAUAGAGAACAAGCUGGGAUUCCCCCAUUUCAAUGGCUGUUGUAUCUGUUAAGCAUGUCGUGUUCCCAUCUGACGGGGCGCGAAGCUGCAUGAGAAUCUCAAUUUGUUUGGCCCAGAA